AUGCGCGAGCUUCCUCCGGAAAUAUGGCUGAGGGUAUUCGCCUUCGCAACACAUAUCCCAGGGGCGUUAUCACACGACGACGACCAAUCUUUCAUCGCCUUUGCGAGAGACAAGUACGGGAUCAGCGCGCAUCGCAGACACCGUCAAGCUACGGACCUCAUGACAACGGCCGGUCGCGUAUGCAAGGCGUGGUCUUCCCUUACCACUCAGUUUCUCUUCCAAUAUCUUCUUGUCAAGAGCGGAGAUCAUGCUGUAGAUGUGGCCGCCGCGUUGAAGCGAUACGGGAAGGACUCUUCAAGGCAAAACUCCGCUGGACAAUGGACAGUCAGACUGGAGCUCGCCCUAGAAGGCGUGCACCGGUGGGACGAAGCGCAUUCGGCCGCGCUCGCACAUAUAUUCGCCUGUUGCCCCAACAUGACGGUCUUCUCUACCGCAUUCUCCACCGCGGACGCGUCGCUUUUCCAGGGCCGUCGCUUUCUGCGUGCGAUGCGCGACGUCGGGCGCCGGUCCAACCUCAAACGGCUAGAACUGAAAGGCGACGCUGCUCUCCUGGAAGCUAUCCUCUCCCCACUGGCAUCCUCCGUAGAAGCUCUCUGGCUGCUGCCGUCUCGCAGGUCGGCUUCGCAUCAAGUCGUCAAUCACACGCAUUUCCCGCUCGUCCACGCAUUCAUUCUUUUUGAAGGGUUCGGAUGGGGCGGACCUCCGCCCACGUGGACCAUGCCCGCUCUGCAAACCCUAUGUACGGACGACGACAACCUCGCGGCGCCCACGCAGAGAAGGCUGCAAGCCUUCUUCGAAGCCCACGGUUCUCAACUUCAGCAUCUCGUCGCCUAUCGCUCUGCCAUAAGCUGCCUGAACCUCUGUACGAACCUGGCCGAGUGGACGCUCCCAUGCGGCAUCGUGGUUCAAGCCGUGCUAGCCCUACCUGCGGGCGGGCCACUUACAACGACCCUCCGUCGCCUCACGCUCAUGGACGACAUGUCUAUGGUCUACAUGUUGCGCCUAGACCACAUCGCGGCCCUGAAUGAAUGGCUGGGGAGCGACCUCUUUCCGGCGUUGGAGACCAUCCGUUUUCUUCUGCCCCUCGGACGGUAUAACAGAAGGCAACGGUCACGUCCACACUGGGAGCAGGCCAUCGAGCUACUUCAAGAGCACAGCAAGCAGCGCGGCGUCCGCCUUGAAGCAUCCCUGGGAGGCGACGAGCACACUGCCGAAAUCUGGACGACAUUCUCCGUAGAGCACCUCUUGGACCCCAUCGAACUCUGUCCUUUCAAGCCUUCGUUCUCAGCACAUUGAUUCCGAAUGUUGUAACUUAUACC